AUGUUUUAUCCAUUUCUAUGCGGAGCUGUCCAUCACCAAGAAGAAGAAGAUGAUGAUGAAAUCUGGUCUACCAGCCCUGUUUGUUCGCCAAGAAAAUCAAAAAGAAAAAAAGACACCAAGAAUCCCUACUCAAAACGGGGACUCGACCAGUUCACCGCACUUUUAGCAGAACUCGAAGAGAAAAGACGAAAAAUUUACUCAAAAACGGGAUCCCAAAGCUUAGUUCGAUUCGUUUACAACAACUCAAACGAUUGUGUCCCGGUCGUGAUAAAUUUGAAAGACAAGAACGAAGACAAAACCAAACCAGGAAACACCAAAGAGAGGUGUGCUCCCGAACCCAUUAACAAGCUUCAAACCCCAUCAGAAUCUGACACGAAAGUGAAGAAGAUGAAGGUGAAGAAGAAGAAGAGAUUUUCAUGGAGUAGUGUGGAGUUUCAGAAUCUGAGAAAGCCAUCUUAUUCCAUCCCAGGAAUCAUAAUCCUGAUUUUGUUGUUUUUGAUGUUGUUUGGAAGAUCGGCUGCGGUAUUAUGUACUUGUGUUGGAUGGUACGUAGUUCCUACAAUCAAUGGGGAAGGAUCUAAUUUAAGAACAUCGAUGAAGAAGAAAGAUUGA